CCAACCCAAAAAGAAUUGGAUUAUGAUGUAAUGUAAUACGCUAAUGGCGCAAUCUUUAAAAAUAGAGAAGAAAGGAAACGGGAAACCCCAAGCCAAGCCCUAUAUUAGUUGUGAGUAGCAACGGUGGCCCAGAUUUGGAGGAGCAACUUAGCUAACUCACAAGAAGAACCGCUCUUUCCUCUCGCCGGUCAGAACCACUAUCACGGACUCUCAUUCAUCCCUCCUACAUACCCACACCACUGAGAUCCAUUCCUCUUUUUUCCCCCACCUUUCCGAAACUACUACGAUUCACCAGCUUUAAGGUUUAUGGAUGCACAUAACAUCACAGCUUCUUAAGUAGGUAUAAUGGCUUUUUGAUCUUCGGAGUGUCAUUUUUGGGAGACGUAUUGGUCAGUUAUUCAUUCAUGCUCUUGAAGAUUUCUUGUGGUCAAAAUACAUUUAUAUAUUAAUAUAAGGAUUGAGUUGAUUUAUGUGAGCUUUUAAUCACACAAAUUUCGUAAUAACAGUAAUGCCCUUUGUUGAGAUUAGUCUGUUUUGAUAUAUUUUAAACAUUAUUGUAGUACUACGACCAUCUAUACUGGUUACCGUUUAGCCUUUUCAUUAUUUCAAUGUCUGAUACUUUUACUGCAAAUAUAGAAGAACCUACAGCACAAAUGAGUUGUGAAACCACAGAAGGUGUGCAUUCUAAAGAAAUUAUUCUAGAACAGGUGAAUGAUAUUGAACCUUUAGAGCAAUUAGAUCACAUUGAACCUAAUAUUAUAGAAAAUGCUCAUCAAGAACUUGGCACACCGCUGCCCAGCAUUCUUAGUGAACAAUUGCAACCACUUUCCGAAAAUGUGUCCAAUGAUUCUAUUCCUCACCUAUUGGAACAUCAGCAUAAACAUAUGGGAUCGAACCUCUCACAAAAUGAAACAGGAGAAAAUAACAGCAAUGUGCCAAACAUAAUUUCUGAAAACAGGACCUUGAUUUGUGAUUCUGAAGGUGUCAUCAGAAAUUGUCAGACAGAUAAAAUUUCAUGCCCUCAACAAAGUAUGUCGGGGCAGAACAAGGAAUGUGUACUUGGAGAUCUAAGUGCAAGUACUAUUAGUAGGAGCCCUAUUAGUAAACAACCAGAACAACCUUCUGACGAUGUGGUCGAAAGCUCUCAUCUUGAGCAGUUUGAAACCUCCUCUAAAAGUCUAAGGAACUCCAGCAAAUUAGGGCGGAAAGUUAAAAGAACUUCAAAAUCAAGACCGAAAAAAUAUAUGUUAAGAUCUUUGGCUAGUAGUGACCGACUUCUACGUUCAAGGACUCAAGAGAAACCUAAAUGUCUUGAACCAAGUAAUGAUCCGGUUAAUGCUAAUGUUGGUAAUGGGGUGGAGAAGAAAAGGAAGGAGAAAAAAAAGAAAGGAGUGAAGAGAGUUAUAGCUGAUGAAUUUUCGGGAAUCAAGAAACGUCUCAGAUAUUUUCUCAAUCGAAUACAGUACGAGCAAAGUCUGAUCGAUGCUUAUUCUAGUGAAGGAUGGAAAGGAAACAGCCUAGAAAAACUAAAACCAGAGAAAGAGCUUCAGCGAGCUACAUCUGAAAUAUCUCGUCGUAAAUUGAAAAUAAGAGAUCUAUUUCAACAGCUCGAUGAACUAUGCGCUGAAGGAGGGUUUCCAGAAGCUUUAUUUGAUUCUGAAGGGCAGAUUGACAGUGAGGAUAUUUUCUGUGCAAAAUGUGGGUCCAAAGACUUGUCCGCUGGUAAUGAUAUAAUACUAUGUGAUGGUGCUUGUGAUCGCGGGUUUCACCAAUUCUGUUUGGAACCUCCAUUGUUGAAUGAAGACAUUCCCCCUGAUGACGAGGGUUGGCUAUGCCCUGGAUGUGACUGCAAAGUUGAUUGUGUCGAUUUGCUCAAUGACUCUCUUGAAACUAAUCUUUCAGUUGAUGACAGCUGGGAGAAAGUUUUUCCAGAGGCUGCUGCAGCAGCUAGAGGAGGAAACAAUCUGGACCACAAUCCUGAAUUGCCUUCUGAUGAUUCUGAGGAUGAUGAUUAUGACCCUGAUGGUCUGGAUAUCGACGAGAAGAUUGACAGAGACGAAUCGAGUUCUGAUGAAUCAAGUUCUGAUGAAUCAAGUUCUGAUGAAUCUGAGUAUGCAUCUGCUUGUGAUGAACUUGAGGCUCCACCCAAUAAUGAGCUGUCUUUGAAGCUCUCUUCCGAUGAUGAUUCAGAGGACAAUGACUAUGACCCCAAUGCUGUGGAUACUGAUGAAAAUGUUAAGCAGGAAAGCUCAAGUUCUCAUACUACUUCUGACUCUGAGGAUCUUACUCCCACAGAUGAUGAUAAUAAGGCUAAAAGGAUUUCAGGAAAGUCUGGUAAGCAAAGUUGUAGUUCUGGUGGAAAAAAGUCAUCUUUAAAGGGUGAGCUGUUAGAUAUUUUAAAGUCAGGUCCUGGCGAAGAUGGUUCCCUGCCUAUUUCAGAGAAAAGACAUGUAGAGAGGUUGGACUACAAAAAGCUUCAUGAUGAGGCCUAUGGAAAUGUUCCUUCCGAGUCAAGUGAUGAUGAAGAUUGGAGUGAUAGUGCUGCAACAAGGAAAAGGAAGAAGAAAACUACUGAGCAAGGUGCUCCAAUGUUAUCAAGUGAUGAUAAAGAGUGGAAUGAUAGCUCAACGAGAAAAAGGAAGAAGAAAGCAACUGAACAAGUUGCUCCACAGUUGCCAAAUGGAAAUGCUUCAGUUGAGAAGAGUGAAGCAACUGGGGGAAAAAGGAAGAAGAAAGCAACUGGACAAGUUGCUCCACAGUUGCCGAAUGGAAAUGCUUCAGUUGAGAAGAGUGAAGCAACUGGGGGAAAAGGGAAGAAGAAAGCAACUGGACAAGUUGCUCCACAGUUGCCAAAUGGAAUUGCUUCAAUUGAGAAGAGUGAGGCAACUGGGGAUGCCAUAAAUCAUAACCUUGAAAAUCGUGAGCAUAUAAGUAGGAGAAGAUCACGCGGAAAAUCUAUGGUUAAAGAUACAAAUGAUUCUCCUAGUAAAUUGAAAAAAACUAUGGCUAAAGAUACAAAUGAUUCUCCUAGUAAAUCGAAAAAACCUAUGGCUAAAGAUACAUAUGAUUCUCCUAGUAAAUCGCCUAUAGGCUCUCCAAAAUCUGUUUCUACUGGUAGUAGAUUAAAAUCAGCAUCAUACAAGAGACUUGGAGAUGCCGCCACGCAGGGCCUGUAUACAUCCUUCAAGGAAAAUCAGUAUCCAGACCGAGCUAAGAAACAAAGUUUGGCUGAAGAACUAGGACUCACCCCUCGACAGGUUAGCAAAUGGUUUGAAAACAUGCGAUGGAGUGUACGACAUCCAUUAGGUAGAGAAGCAGACAAAAGUGGGAGUGCUUCAAAGAGAAGCAUUUCAUCACCUCAACCAGACAAGCAGCUACUUGAAUCCAAACAAAACAUUGGAGCUUCAAAUGGGGAACUACCCGUGAUAGUUGUUGCAUUGCCAGAAACCUGCACCAAGAAUGAAGGUGAUGACAAAGCCAAAUUGCUCACCAACGAAAGCAGCUCUCAAACUUCUGCAGCCCGGACGUCUGGAAGAAAAAGGAGUAGGCCAAAAAUCGAGAAACCAACCACGCCUGUUGUAGUAGACACUAACAAAACAAGUGGUAGUAGAACAAGGAGCCGCCGCAAAUCUGCUCCUUGACAAAUAUAAAUGCUCUUCGGGGAUAUACAUUGCAGGAAAUAGGGUCAAAAAAAUCGAUUCAUGCCCCAUGGUUCUUGGUUGUAAUUUUUAAGGGUUCCCCAGUUGUUCUCAGCUGCUCCCUCAAAAUAAAAGUGAGUAUAGAUGCUGCUGGGUCUGGAGUGUGCUUAGAUUUUGUGUAAAUGUAGGCUAUGUAGCAAGCUCUUUACCAAGUUUCAUGUUUAAGCAUUUAGUCGUUAUGCUCUUAAUUAUUGCAAAUGGCGGCCGCAUUGGACUUUUGAGCAUUGAGUAAGACAACUAUUCAAUCAAGAGAGAUUGUACUAAAUCUGUUUGGUAAUCAUUAGUUAUUACUAUUUUUAUGUGCUUUAUUACAUUUUCAAAAAAAAAGAAAAAUAUUAGAGUAUGUUUUUUUUUUUAUGUAC